CAGUCAGCAACCAUACAAAAUGACAGACAUGUUUGACCCAGUCGAGGAUGCGAUCGCUGCUUUCAAGAACGGAGAGUUUGUCAUUGUGAUGGACGACGAAUCCCGCGAAAACGAAGGCGAUCUGAUCAUGUCCGCCGCCCUCGUCACUCCCCAAAAAAUGGCCUUCAUGAUCCGGCAUACCUCGGGUCUGAUCUGCGUUCCAAUGCUCGGCCACGAUCUGGAUAAACUCGAGUUACCACUCAUGGUACCCGAAAACACGGACCGAAUGAGGACUGCGUAUACGAUAUCUUGUGAUGCAGCAGACGGCACCACGACCGGAAUCUCCGCCAGCGACCGCGCACUCACGGCAAAUAAACUCGCUUCCUCCUCCGAUCCCCUGGAUUUUACGCGACCGGGCCACAUGUUUCCUCUCCGCUACCACGAAGGGGGCGUUCUCCGCCGCACAGGACAUACAGAAGCCGCUGUCGAUUUGUGUCGGUUGGCGGGAUUGGCGCCUGUGGGGAUUAUCUCGGAGAUCGUGAAGGAUGAUGGGGAGAUGGCGAGACGGGAUGAUUGUGGGAGGCUUAAGAGGGAGUGGGGGAUGAAGAUGGUUACGAUUGAGGCGUUGGCGGCGUAUAUUCGGGAGAAGCAUGGGGAGGAGUGGUAGGAAAGACACAAUGGAUCAACGAAGGAGUGGGGUGGCUAUGGUAGAUUGGGAAAACUUGGCAGAUGAGAAAUAGCCUGAAGGUCGUGUUGAGAAUAAUUUAAGGGCGAGUUUGCAGGGUCUUCAGUUGUUCCUAUCGCAGCUGGGGGUAGUCAAAGCCUCCGUAAUCACUCUUUUUAUAUGAUAGGUGCGAGCGUUACCUCGAAUCGGAUCACGUCAGCGUC